AUCUUUCUUAGUCUUUCUACAUGUUUCUCAGUCUUUCUACAUCUUUUCCUUAUCUUUUUCCCGCCCUCAAUCGAACCUUUUAACCAAUCGUAUAAAAUUUUGAUAAGAAGAGUGAGCCAUGAAACGACUCACUCUCUAACAAACUAUUGUAUAUAACAAGACAAUUUUCGCUGAGUAAAUCAUGUUCUCUCAGACAUCAAAGUCUCCUCUUCAUCUUUAACUAUAAGUUUCAAGCUUAACUUUUCUGGAAAGCCUUCACCCUUGCCGACUCUUAUAGCCUACUACAUUUGCCGCAGUGCUGCCGUGAUCAACUUGUCUCUUGCCUUACCUGUCUCUGGCUAGCUUCCUGGCUGGUUCUUGGUUAUUUCUUUCUCCAGUCUCCUUGGUAUGCCUUAUUCUAGUCUCUCUGCCUGAUUUUUCCAGUCUUUCUGGCCUUUACUCUUCUUCUGGUUUGUGUCUUUCGUGGUUCUUCUUUCUUGGUUUACUCUCUGGCUUCAUUCUUAUUAUAGGUCGUUGUUUUCUGGCUUUUCACCGGCUUUAGUGAUUCCACUUCGCUUUCUGACUAUUUCUUUUUGGUUUUCAGCUUUAAGCAUCUCAUCUUUAGCUUUUUGAUUAUACUGCAUCAACUCUUGACAUCAACUGAGCCGCUUUUUAAUUUGACUUUGGCUUAACUUAACUGCCUUAUUUCACCUCCUGGUACACCUUCGGAAUUAUAUAGUUUGACUCUGUCAGCUAGCCAACUGCCUCUUUUUCGGGUGCUUCUCCUGCUUCACUUUAUUUAAACUGCUUAAACUGAAAAUAGUGUAUUUUUACAGAAAUAUUUGCAUAGAAAGAAUAUCUCUCGAAGCAAUUAAGCCUAUGAAAAGAAUACAGUGUUGUCAAUUUUAUUAUUGUAGUUAAAUUGUCGUCAAUAUCUUUUUCUAUCACAUUUACGCUCCCUGUCAGUGAUUUUCAGUCAUUUUUUUAUUUAAAUAAAAAAUUUUCAUUAUUCAUUCACUUAGCAAUUUAGUUUAAAACUCUACGGUUCUCGCUGAUCAUCACACUCCUAUUGUAUUUAUGCAGUUUCUAUACAUAUAUGAUCUCUCUCUAGGUUUGAAUUUCUAACUGACUUUUUUGGAUCCCAUUUGGCUAAAAUCUUUGUAUGGUGUUGUUUGCUUUUCUACCCAUCAACUCAUUUCACUGUUAUCGCAGCUAGUUUUGCGUUGCACUCUGCACACAAGCUACCAUUUGCUGUGUCUGUUGAGUUUGAUUUAGCUGUGUUGUUUUGACGGAGGAUCUUCUUCAAUUCUGUAAGUUUACAUCAAAAACCUAAUCAAAGUUGAGUCAAUCAUGACAUCUAUGCCUCCUGUGUUGAAUCGUUUAACUUUAAUCAUUUAAUUUUUUGUAGAUCUGAGAAUAGUGUUUCUCUACAGUAAUACAGUUUUUUUAUAAAUAAUUGGUGUUUCUAAUCAUUAUUUUCUUCAUUGUAUUUUAGCAUAAUUCGUUCUGAUUUCAAUAUAUUCCAAGAUCGAAACAUGUCUCUAGACAGGACGCAGUUGUUACAAGAAUCAGUUCGCUUGCAAACAUUUUAUUCAAUGCUUGGUCAGUCAUGGACAGCUUGCUAUAGAGAUUUUGAAGAAUUAGCGGCAUUUGGUUUUUAUCACACCAGUGCUCCAAGAACAGUAGCUUGCAUAUUUUGCAGCUAUAGAAAUUAUAUUUCGAGUGUUCCUAGAAUACUCUUGACUUUACAUAAUGUACAGAGUCCUAGUUGCCCCGCCAUAAGAGGAGAAGCAGUAGGAAAUCGUCAUAUUCCAACUUAUCUUUCAACUCAUGUUGAUGUAGUGAACGACUAUGUCCGUUUUAGUUCAGAAGUGGACAUUAACACGCGACUGAAUAACUUGAAAAUAAAGGCAAAUCGACAUCAACAUAAAAUGCCUUUUAACAAAACAAUGUCUUCAGAAGAAACGCGACGGUUUUCUUUUAUCAGCUGGCCACAUACAGAAAUGAUUCCACACAAAGAACUAGCGAAAGCUGGCUUCUAUUAUACUGGAGAUUCGGAUACUACUCGUUGUUUUCAUUGCGGGGGGAUACUGUCAAGUUGGAAAAAAAAUACUAACGUUUGGAGUGUCCAUGCUUAUUAUUUUCCGCACUGUCAUUACCUGUAUCUUAAAAGAGGUGCAAUCUUUGUGGACAGUGUAAAAUCUCCAAAUCAGAAAACAUGUGUGGUAAAUGAAUUGCCAGAGCCAUCUGAAGAUUUACGUAGAUAUAGAUGUAUGAUAUGCAUGUGCAAAGAAAUCGGAAUUUCUUUUCAGCCGUGUGAUCAUUUAAUAUCGUGCAUAGAUUGCGGUGAAAAACUCUCCAAAUGUCCUAUUUGUAGAACUGACAUAACCGCUAAAUUUCGACAGAAUUUGCCAUAGCAAAAAAGUGUACAGUGGACAAAAAUAACGUAAGGUUAUGAACAAAAAGCUGCAUACACCGAUUUCAACGAUUUAUUUAAAAAAACUCUUGCUGAAAUAUCAAUGAUUGAAAAAAUUUCCUUAUCAGAAAUAUGGAAAACUUAUAGCUGUCUUUGUUGUGAAGAAACCUGAAAAUGAAGAAGACAUGAUCUUUAUCAUUCCACACCUUUUUAUACACAUGUUUCCUACAUCUUUUUCUCUCCUAAUUUCCAAAGUCAACUGAUCAAAUUAGACUUUGAUAAAGUGAGACAGCCAUGGGACGAAUCACUCUACACAAUUGAUUUCAUGUAAUGGAAAAUUCUCGUAAACAAAUUUAUGUGCUCUAAAACA